AUGCAUUGGAUUUCUUUGAUUGGUUUUUUAAUUAUUAUUAAUAUCUAUCAAAUACAAUCUAGUUUAUUAAAAGAUUCGGAAACAGAAGAUAUCAAUAAAGAUGGUACAUUUCAAAUGGAACUAGAUAUUGAUAAUACGGAUACAUCUGUAUCAAAAAAUGAUAUCGAUGGUUCAACUCAUGAAACCACUAGUGAUGUAUCACUUGAAAGUUCUGUGGCAUAUGAGACAGAUGAACGAAAUGCACUAAAAUAUGCAAUUAAUAGUGGUAACAAUAAUUAUGGUUAUAUUCAUUUAUCUUUUAUUAUUACUACUCUUAUGAUUUGUAUUAGUUUAUGUAGCAGUUUAAAUUUUAGUUACAUUAAUUGUGAUAAUCAAUAA